AUGGCAGUUUCUGAAAAGGAGGAGGAUGAAGUCAUUGCUGCUUCAGAAAAAGUAACUGUGAAGCUUGAGGACUUGGCCCAAUGGGCCCGGACAGACAUCUCCAAGUGGAAACGUGGCCUCCGGGAUGAAGCCUUCACACCUCUGGAACUGAGGAAAGAGGGGCAAAGGGAAGCCCUAAGCAAGUUCCGGCAAUCCACACACAACAGUGGCCUCAAUUUCAAGGAUAUUUUGAAGGAAAAGGCUGACUUGGGUGAGGAGGAAGAAAAUAUCAAUGUGCUGAUCCUCAGCUACCCCCAGUACUGCCGCUAUCGCUCUAUGCGGAAACGAAUCCAGGGCAAGCCAUCUUCAGUGCAAGCAGACCAGUUCGUCUUAGCCCUGGGAGGUGUUGCAGCCAUCAGUCAAAGGUCCCAAAUCCUCUACUGUCGAGACACAUUUGAGCACCCCACACUUGUCGAAAAUGAGAGUGUAUGUGAUGAAUUUGCUCCCAACCUCAAAGGACGACCACGGAAGAAAAAGUCCUGCAACCCACAGAGAAGAGAUUCGUUCAGUGGCAAUAAAGAUUCUCAGAAUAACUGUGAAGGCAAAAGUGUGGCCAAGGUAAAAUGUGAGUCUAAAUUGCCUUUGUCCAAAACCAAAAAUAAUAACAGCAACUGUAAAAAGGGCUCAAAUGAGGAUAAAUCCAAGAUUUCUGUUGGUGAGCAAUGCAGAGCAGGUGAACAGGCCUUCCUGGUGGCCCUUUAUAAAUAUAUGAAAGAAAGAAAAACGCCCAUUGAACGAAUCCCCUACCUGGGUUUUAAGCAGAUUAACCUUUGGACUAUGUUUCAAGCUGCUCAAAAACUGGGAGGAUAUGAAACAAUCACAGCCCGUCGACAGUGGAAACAUAUUUAUGACGAAUUAGGUGGGAACCCCGGGAGCACCAGCGCAGCCACUUGCACACGCAGACAUUAUGAAAGGUCCUUGGGGAAGAAUUCAAGGGUUGGACAGAAAUUCCACGUCCAGUCUGGACAUCUGGAUGACUGGGUGACCAAGCAUAAUAAUAAUAGCAGCAGAUGCUAGAUGCUGUCACACGCCAGCUCUCAAAUCCUGUCAAACAGCAGUUCAUCACAGUGAAACAAAAAUAUUACAUACUAUUGCACACCAGUUAUCAAUCUUGUCAAAUCCUAAGUGCCAUUGCAUGCCAACUUAUGAAAACUGUCAAAUGCCAUCUGUCAAAUCUGAAGUACUGAUAUUGAUGUUUAAAAUCAAGUGUGUUGAUUUGCAGACCUUAGACCUCAAUUGCUUGAUGCCUGUUGGAAUUCUGAGGGAAAUUUCAAGUCACGUUCAUGAUAUAAACCUAAAACCCAAGACAAGAGAAAGGUUGGUGUUUUAUUUGUCCUCUCCAUCAGGACUUACUAGGGUUGGCCAGGCCAAGCUCUCCCGCACAGGUGCCUCUCUCUGUGUUCCUGGAAGGACCAAGGUCCAGGUUUUUUGUGUAGGUUUCUCCAAAUUGUGAUCGUAAGGUUUGGUCUGGCCAUGAACUCUGCCUGGAGAUGUACCCCGCGUGCUAAACCACCGUGAUUUGUUGAAUCAGUCCUAUUGGGCUGAGUCACAGAACAUACUAAAGGAAAAAUAUCUCAAUGAGAUUAUGAUUUAGGACUGCAGGAUGCAAGCCCAGCCUCCGUUUGCUUGCAUAUAUUUUAGUGGCUUGUAAAUUCCUUCUCUUAUCUGAAUAUUUCUAUUCUUAAGGCCUUUCUUUGCACUAUGGCAAAUUUAUUUUUGGCCACAUAAUCCCAUUGCAUAAUGCUACCAUCGCACCUGGUAGCUCCUCUCUGCUAGCAUUCUGUGGAUCUGGGGCACUCAGAAACGUUACUCACUCGAGGAAGAUGAUUUCCUUUGGCUGUUUCUUGGAAUAAGCCUCAGGGCUGGUUAGCAAUGUUCAUAAGUGAAAACAUGCUAAACCUUUGGACCGGGAUCUGUGAACAGGAGGGAGGACUUGGUGCUCCCAGCACAGCCAAAUAGCUGGUCUUUUCUUCACUGCUUCAGCUGAUUUUGUGGCCUAAAGAUCUUCCUUUUAGCAGGAGGCUCCUUCGCCUGCACAACAGCCGGGGAUUGCUUCGG